CUUGGUUUUAGGAGCUUUUGUGGAAAAGAUGGCCAGGCCCUUUCCUGUCUCUGGCUAUUGCUAGCUGCUGGCUUGUUCUCAGAGCUUUUGGGGGCAAGUUGGCCACACCCCUUCCUGUCUUGGGCUGCUGCUGCUGUUGGUGCUGCCCCCCCUACAGGGGGGUCCUCUGCUGCAUGUCGCUGCCCCCUCAUUAGGGAUCAGCCCACUGCACUACACUGCACCCUAGCUUCUGCAUCCCUGUUUCAGCCUGCUGCCCAGCCCACCACCAAGCCGCAGUCAGAGGACAGCCUGGGAAGGGAGCCUGCACUGCCUGUGGGCCCCUCCCCCACCAUCACUGCCGGAGCCUAAAGGUGCCUUGUCUGCCCCAGUUGCCUUGGCAGGCCACCCCCCAACUUCACCUCCACUUUCACCUGAAGCACACCCUGAGUGGCUGAACUAGAUGGCUGCUACCACCACUGCUGCAGUUGCUGCUGCUGCUGCCACCUGUUCUGCUGCUGCCCCCUCUCAGGAGAGAGGGAGAUUCCCUGCUGUACCACUUUGCACCACUCAACACCACACCUGCACUGGAUUACUCCCUAACUGACUGAUUGCUCCUGCACUCCCCCACAGCUGCCUCACUGCAUCUGAUCCUGCUCUUUUCCUGCCUAUUGCCCUGCUGCUGAGUGCCUGGCUGGAGGCCUGAGGGGUUCCUGGACUGAUUUUUCAACAAACAAAGCCCCUCUACCACUCCAGCCAUCUCUUGCAUCUACUUCAGCAUCCUUCCCUGUGUGUUUUUGCCCUUGUGUGGUGAUGAAUGAAGCCAUUGCUCUACAGCUUCAUGGUAUCAAUGACAAGGUGAUUUGCUGUUUGGAGAAAGCAUCAAGUGAACUUCUCUACCAGCUCCUUCCCAAUACCCUGAGUGAUUACUACAUAGAACUCAAAGCUCAGAAGAGUCACUUGCAUAGAAACAGAAGAGGCAACACCAUGGGGCAAGAAGAACGUAACCCCAAUGCCACCCAGAAUAUCAACUUUGCUGCCAUCUACAACCUCCACAGGAGUGACUUUGCCUCCUUUCGAAAUUUGUCCUUCCCUUUCAAUUUCAGCUACAGUGAUUAUGACCUGCCCAUGGACGAUGAGGAUGACAUGACCAAAACCCGCACCUUCUUUGCAGCCAAGAUCGUGAUUGGGGUAGCUCUCAUUGGCAUCAUGUUGGUCUGUGGCAUCGGCAACUUCAUCUUCAUCGCUGCACUAGCUCGCUACAAGAAGUUGCGUAACCUUACUAACCUCCUCAUUGCCAACCUGGCGAUCUCUGACUUCAUCGUGGCCAUCGUCUGCUGCCCCUUUGAGAUGGAUUACUACGUGGUAAGGCAGCUGUCCUGGGAACAUGGCCACGUGCUCUGUGCCUCCGUCAAUUACCUGCGCACUGUCUCCCUUUAUGUCUCUACUAAUGCUCUUCUGGCCAUAGCCGUAGACAGGUAUCUGGCUAUCGUCCACCCACUGAAACCACGUAUGAAUUACCAAACAGCAACCUUUCUCAUAGCCUUGGUUUGGAUCGUCUCCAUACUCAUUGCUAUACCAUCUGCAUAUUUUGCUACUGAAAUUGUGUUAUUCACAGUAAAAAAUCAGAAGAAAUUUUUUUGCGGCCAAAUUUGGCCAGUUGACCAACAAAUGUAUUAUAAAUCCUACUUCCUUUUCAUCUUCGGUAUUGAGUUUGUUGGACCUGUGAUUACAAUGACCCUGUGUUAUGCCAGAAUCUCCCGAGAGCUUUGGUUUAAGACUGUACCAGGCUUUCAGACCGAACAGAUCAGGAAGAGGCUUCGCUGCAGAAGAAAAACUGUCAUGGUGCUCAUGUGCAUCCUAACAGCCUAUGUCCUCUGCUGGGCUCCUUUCUAUGGAUUCACAAUUGUCCGUGACUUUUUCCCCACGAUCUUUGUGAAACAGAAGCAUUAUCUCACAGCCUUUUACAUAGUUGAGUGCAUUGCCAUGAGCAACAGUAUGAUUAACACCAUGUGUUUUGUAACUGUCAAAAACAACACCAUGAAGUAUUUCAAGAAGAUUAUGUUACUCAGGUGGAGGUCCACCUAUAAUGGGAGCAAAUCCAGUGUAGAUCUAGACAGCAAAACCAAUGCAACACCAGUCACAGAAGAGGUUGACUGCAUAAGACUAAAGUAAUUGAAGUUUGGUUGUCGUGACAUGUGCAUCCCUGGGGGAGGGAGGUGGGGAGGUGAGUUAGUAUUUUACCUCAAAAAGCAUCUCUCCCAGUUUUUGUGUUGAUACCUACCACUGCAGAGAGCUCUGGAUGAGGAUUCAAUAGAUCACAGAUCUCUUUCCAACUACGUUGUUGAACAGAUGUAUGACCAUGUGCUGAUCAUAUUGACUCUGCCUCACCUUUCUCUUCUGCAAAACAGGGAUAACGAUACUGAUUUUCCUUUGUUAAAGCCCUUAAGAUUUAGGGACGGAAAGCUCCGUGGAAGAGCUGAGUGGUGUUAUCUGGGUGCAAGACUCUAUCUCAGAAAUGACAUCAACAAUUCUCCCCUUUUCUCCUUGCCUUAGGGACUGACCUUUUUUUCCUUCUCUGGAGGAAGACCCUUGGCUUGAAAGGUCUUUUUCUUCUCCCAUUUCCUUUUUGCAACCAAACAUACUACUUUGGUGACAAGAAACUCUAUGCUGCUGUAUAGCACUUUCUUACACACCCAAGUCCUAGAAAGCAAGUGACAUUUCAGCGUGUCAUUGUCUCCAUAGAAUGCUACCCUGUUCCCUGGCCAGUUUUCUAUACAGAUAUGAAUACUGCUUCUUAGUCUAGAAUAGACCCCAGAUCCUUUAGUGUGAUAACCUAUACAGAACUCUGGCUCCAUCCUUCUCGAAUUGUAUGGGAAAUAUUGCCAGUAAUUUACUAUUAUGUACCUGAAAAGAGAAUGUGCAUAAGGCCCAGGUAUCACCUAAGGGCCAGGCAUCAUAUAAAGUCCAUGUAUACCCCACAAACAUAUUAAAGUGGGACAAAUAAUGUGGAAACCUUAUGGUAGUCCUUUGUAUAGGGAGGGAAUUUUAGCUCUACAGUGGGCAUGACAGACUGAACAGGCUUUCAGUAGUCAUUGAUUUGCUGUUUGAUUUUCACUUGGUAUCCAUUUAAACCUAGAACAACUGUACAACAUAGCUCAGUGAAUAUUGCGUGAAUCUCCACUAAUUCCACCUCGCUUAUUCUGAUUAUGUGCCCCCCUAGGAUUGGUGUGUCUUUCAACUGAUAACUGUGUUUUAAACAGGUGGUAAUGUCAGUAAAGUAUGCUCAUUUAAGUCCACAAUUAUGAAAUUUGAUGAAUGUUCAUGUCCUAAAAUUGAGGCUUUUCUACUGCACUACCAAACGCUUCUCAUUUUUAAAUGUGUGAUACUGCCUGCUUUUGAAGUAAUUUACUUUUGUAAAUAAUUUGUUUCUUUGUAAAUUUAAAUUGAGCAGAAAUCCCUCUUAAUUAAUAAAAUGAUACGUGUGGGAACCUAAAA